AUGGACCUGUUUGCUCCACAGCUCUGUUUGGUGGAAGCUCCUAGAACCUUUCACAGGCCGCGGCUGGAGCUUUUAGAGCUCGUUCACUCGGAGCCCGCUGCGGAGCUGCAACAAAACCAGAUAAGUUUCCCGGUAACCUCGGGCUUGAGCUGGCCGUGGAAGAAGCCCCCUGGGCUACCCUCUCCACACCCACUUCAAAAUUUGCUUGAUGGUGGAGUCCUUUGCAGAGUGACGGGCAAUGUCACUGGACGAGACAGGCCCAGUCUCAAGGCAGUCAAUGAGGAGGACUGGCGUCUCAGGGAUAAGGCACUUCAGCUUUCAGACCAGAUGUUAAACCAAACUACUUUGCAUUCUUCAAUUAAGGAUAUUGUCACGGAACUCUUAAAAGAAGCUAUACUUGCCAAUAUGGAAAACUCCAAAGGAUUCUUGAUUGAUGGCUAUCCCCAAGAGAUUCAACAUGGAGAACUGUUUGAGAAUGAGAUUGGUGAGCCCUCUCUGGUACUCUGCAUGGAUUGUUCUUCUAAGACUAUGAGUAGUCGCCUUUUGCAAAAGAGCCAGUGCCUUGAGGAUAAUAUUGAAACUAUCAUGAAAUGCAUUGAAGCUUACUAUAAAACAGCUGAGCCACUAAUUGCAUAUUACGAAAACAGAAUCCCAGUUUUUAAGAUAAAUGCAGAAGGAACACCAGAGGAAGUUUUUCUUGAGAUAUGCACUUCAGUCAAUACUUUUCUGAAGGAAUAGCAUCACUUUCAGAAUUUAAUGUAAUGGCAGUGCUGUAACACAUACAAGAAUACAGUAUUCUUUACAAAUGCUGUUCAAAGCAAUAGCUGCUGCCUUGGAAAAUUAAUGCAUGUUGUAAACAUUGUAAAAAUCUUUGUAACUUAAAUGGUAUCGUAAUGACAUGUGUACUGUAUAUGGCCUAUGAUAGUUUGCCGUUCACAGGUUUAAAAAAGCCAGCAUGGUAAACAGCAGCUGAGUUUUAUAGCACACAAACAUGCUUCUUUCACUACUACAAGACAUACUAUACAGUCAAUCACAGUAUUUCCUGUCAGUAAGUGUUGUAACAGUGAAUUUGCUGCUGAACGCAAAUCAAUUUUUGAGGCUAUUUAAGCUUGCUCUUUUUUGUAGUUCUUGAACAGUCUGUUUUCUGUCAUUAUCUUUUACGAGAACAUGUCUGCAAUUAGGUUUGCAGUCAUUUACAAACCAAAUAGUGAAUUGGAAGAGACUCACAAAAAGCGUGAUAUGCAAUAUAUGAACCAUGUGUGAAAUAACUGUGAUUGCAGGACUAGCUGUGAUACAACCAUCCAUGCAAGUAUCCUAUGUAGUUAUGGUUUGAAAGAUUUUUGAUUUACAAUGCUUACAGAGGGAUAUGUAUGCAGAAAAGAAAAAGUGCCAAAUAUUGCUUAUAUCUUUAAGAUGGGUUGAUUUAGAGCUAAUAAUGGCAGUGUCUAAAAAAAAUCCACACAUUUCAAAAGACUACAGGCAAAUCAUUGUCUCUAAAUACUGAUUGCUGUAUAUGUGACAGCUACAUAUAGCAAUUGUCAGGUUUAAAUCCUUUAAUUUAUUGCUUGGCAUUUAACAUGAUGGGAAAUUUAAAUCGUAAAUGAGCAGUGUUCAAUUCAGAUUUCUACACGCUUUCCACAUGCAUAUACGCACACACACUUACUUCUUGAUGACUGAAAUACUGAAGUUUUUUGGAGUGUUGAUCAAGAAACAAAAAAUCUUAAUAGCCUGUAUAAGAAACUGCCUCCUUUUCUUUGGCUGUCCUCUAUCUCUUCUUGCAUGCUAGAACAAUUGCAUUAUCAAUGAACAAUUCAGAAAAAUUUGUAUUUUUCAACCUACUACUCUUGUAUGAAAAGGUAAUAAAAAUAAAAUGUAUGGACAAAUGUUAA